UCCUGCUGCUAGCCGGCAUCAUCUUCAAUCCUUCAGAAGAAGAAAAAAAGACUUUCACUCCACGCUUUGCAACACUCUGCAAGACUUUCAACAUGCAGUUCAACAUCGGAUUGAUGGCCAUCCUGGCUGCUGGCUCAGCCAUGGCCCACAUGAACAUGAACGACCCUGCUCCCUUGAGCUACAAGGGCAACAAAUUUACGACCGAGUCCAACAUCGACUACUCGAUCACUUCUCCCAUCACCGCUGCACAGUAUCCAUGCAAGAACACCCUCAAGCUUAUGGGCACUGCUGAUGGUGCUGCUGUUACCACUUACUCCCCAGGCCAGUCAGCCACCAUGUCCGUUGAGGGUGGUGCAUUUCACAACGGCGGAUCUUGCCAAUUGUCCCUCUCUUACGACAAGGGCUCAACCUUCACUGUCAUCAAGUCCUUCAUCGGAGGCUGCCCAACUUCGAGCGGCGGCACUUUCAGCUUCACCAUUCCUGACGACGCUCCUGAGGGCAAUGACGUCGUCUUCGCCUGGACCUGGGUGAACAAAACUGGUAACCGCGAAUUUUACAUGUCCUGUGCUAUCGUCAACAUCGGAUCCGGAGGCGCAAAGCGCGCUAUCGCCGCCAAUGAGAAGCGUGCUGUUGCUUUUGCCGAUCGCCCGCAGGUGUUCCAGGCCAACCUAGGCGGCAAAUACUGCACCAAGGAAGGUGUAGACACUGUAUUCCCCGAGCCAGGCCCCGACGUCGAGACUAGCCCAGGCGCUGCCACCGGCCCUGCGGUUCUCUGCGCAACAGGGGAGGAUGCUCCUGAAGGUGACACCUCAGGUGGUGACUCCGGCUCCGGCUCCGGCUCCGGCUCAGGUUCUGGUUCCAGUCCUUCUUCGUCUGCGUCUCAGGAACCCGCCCCCACCACUACAGCUGCUGAAAUUACACCUCCAGGUGGAGUUUUCUUGACUACGGGCGGUGUCGCUACCGCGACGACUCUGAGCACGGCAAUCUCGUCUUCAGCUGCUGCAUCCUCUUCGGCCGCCGCAUCAUCUUCAACCCCUGUAACUUCUGCGUCUGCAUCCACUUCAGUACCUGUUGCCUCUUCCACAACUAGCGUUGCAGUACCAGCCCCAAGCGGUGGUGUGACAGGCGCACAAACCGGUGCUUGCAGUGAGGAAGGCGCCUGGAACUGUAUCGACGGUACCAAGUUCCAGCGGUGUGCGUCUGGACAGUGGAGUGUCGUAAUGUCUAUGGCAGCUGGAACUACGUGCAGUCCUGGCGAAAGCGCCAACCUGAAUAUGGUGAAGAGACACCGUGAGCGUGUCCGUCGCCACCGUGGAGUUUGGAGGUCAUGAACGCACCGGCAUAAUGCCGUGUAGUACAGUACACAACCCCGUCAUCUCAGCCAACUCAUUGAGCAGGGGUCUGAUGAUACUUCAAUUCUUUUGACCUGUACAUACCUUUUUGCCAACCCUUUUCAACUCAUCCCCUAGGUUUCCACCAGGAAGCAGGGCGAUACGAUUUUCAUGAGGCUACAUCCUGUACAAUAUAAGAGAGAC